GGAUUAGAUAACAUACAAACAAAAUGCUAUAAAUUAUUUCACCUAUUAACGCAACAGCAUGUUGGAAGAAUUUAUUGAUAAAUUACCAAAUAUUGACAGUGACAAAACAUUUGAGGAUUUUUCACCAAUGGAGAAAAUGAUUGUUUCAACUAGUCUCGGCAGCAUUGCUUUGCGCCGUGAUGAUGAAUAUCGCAACCGUAUUAUGAGAAUGGAGGAAGAUAUUCAGGAGAAGGCUUCAACGUGCGAAACGCUUUUAAUAUUUCUUUCAAUAGCGUUAAUCAUUUUAACACUGCCCUUCAGUCUAUUCGUAUGCUUUAAGGUAGUGCAAGAAUAUGAACGAGCGGUAAUAUUUCGCUUGGGUCGUCUAAUGCAAGGUGGCGCCAAAGGUCCAGGCAUCUUUUUUAUAAUGCCUUGCAUAGAUUCGUACGCUCGUGUUGAUUUGCGUACCCGAACUUAUGAUAUACCACCACAAGAGGUUUUAACCAAGGACAGCGUUACGGUAUCUGUUGAUGCUGUGGUCUAUUAUCGUGUUUCGAAUGCAACCGUCUCCAUAGCGAAUGUGGAAAAUGCUCAUCAUUCAACUCGUCUCUUGGCACAAACAACUCUACGAAAUACAAUGGGAACGCGGCAUUUGCAUGAGAUUUUAAGCGAACGUGUUUCCAUAUCGGGCACAAUGCAGCUGCAAUUAGAUGAGGCCACCGAUGCUUGGGGUAUUAAGGUUGAACGUGUUGAAAUUAAGGACGUACGUUUACCGGUGCAAUUACAGCGCGCCAUGGCCGCUGAAGCUGAGGCAGCACGAGAGGCUCGCGCUAAAGUUAUAGCUGCCGAGGGCGAGCAAAAAGCAUCGCGUGCUUUACGCGAAGCUUCAGAAGUAAUAGGGGCUUCACCGGCUGCACUGCAAUUACGCUAUUUACAGACACUAAGUGCCAUCUCGGCAGAAAAAAAUUCGACCAUUGUAUUUCCAAUGCCAAUUGAUUUAAUAACAUAUUUCUUGAAAUCGAAUGAUGCUGCCACACAACAACUAGCUGAAGCUGCCAUUGCUGCCAUGGACGCCACUGAUAAACAGAAAACAACUGAAACUGAAAAAACUUCAUAAACAACUAUUUAUUAUUUAUUACUUAUAUUUAUCUAAUAGAAUAAUAUUUUCUUCAAAUAUUGCGCUUGAAAUACCUCAGAAAAUGCUAUUAGAUAAUAAUAAUUGUAACAGUUUAAUGUAAUUAGCAUUAGUUAAUUUAUAGUAUUAAACUAAUUGAAAAAACUUUCAUUCAAUUAUUUUUGAAACUUGAAAAAUAUUCUCUAUAUUAUCACUAUCACUUUUUCGCUCUAUCUCUCGUACUCUUUAAAUUAAAAAAUGUCUUUAACAAAAAUUCUUAUAAGAAUCAAUAAACUUAGUUUGAAAAUCUGCUUAGCUUUACUAUAUA